CUUCGAUCACCGUUCACGGCAUGCUGACACUCAGGCUACUACCUUACGGUGAAUACAAAUCCGAGUCCUUAAUUUCGUGGGUCCCCAGGUCGUGGCGUCCUUAGCUGUGCUUUGGAAUGCCCUCAUACCAGUACUACCUCCGAAUGCACGAACAGUUUUACCCCGUCUUUACAACCCCUCCGCAUUCAAUCCUUAUAAAUAGUCAGCGCUGCAGCCCUGGAGGGUGAGGAGGUCUCCAGUUCUGCCCUCGUCAUUUCUCUCUGUUAUACUCACCUCUACAGACCAUGGGAGGUCAAAUGUUCGCUCUUGUCAUCGGGAUCGACAAGUACAAGUCGGGUUCCAUUUGGGACUUGGACUCUUGCGUGUCCGAUGCCCAAAGGAUGAAUCGCUGGCUGAUGAACGACCUUCGAGUACCGAAAGAGAACACACGCCUGCUUCUCGAUACAGAAGCCACCAAGGCUGGCAUUGAAGCUGCGUUUCUGAGCCAUCUAGUCAACAAUUCUUCGAUUCAGCGAGGGGACGCUAUCCUGAUUUAUUUCGCCGGGCACGGCAGCCUGAUGCCGUCUCCUCCAGACUGGUAUAGCGGUAUCUUGUCCUCGCGAAACGUACACACGCCACCCAAGGUACAAGUUUUAUGCCCGUACGAUCAUGAUACCAAGGGUCCAGAGGGUCGAAUUGCCGGUCUUUCAGAUCGAUCCUUGAAAGCCCUCAUUCGGGACUUAUCUCAAGCCAAAGGAGAUAACAUUACGUUGAUCGUAGACAGUUCCUUCGCACCUCCUCUAAACAUUCGCGACCGCCGUCAUGUUCGUUGGACUUCCACUCACAAAGCCACGCCCGACGAUCUUCGCUCCUCGCUAUGGCAAAGCGCACACGGUCAGUGUCAUGAAACUUGUGGGUUUCACGAUGCACAAGCUCUUACUCACACCUUGGUAACUGCAUGCGGACUCAAUCAAAGGGCCAUAGAGGGGAAGCACGGAGGAAAGUUUACCUCCGCCUUUCUUGAGGCAGCCAAAGGCAUAUCUCUGCACCGGACGUCCUACAAUGACUUGGUAGAUCGCAUGCUCUCUCAAGCCGGCGAAGACCUCAAAGACCAACGCCCCAUCUGCAUUGGGCCCGACAAAACUCGACUCAUAUUUAAUGCUACCCCAUUCCCACCCGACGAGAACUACAUCUCGAUUGACAUUCCGCUCGCGAAAGCUAACCACUUUCGUGUCCAAGUUGGGCCGGCUCACGGCAUCAUUAAUGGCGAUGAAAUGUCCAUACAUUCUCACAACUUCUCCGGUCCAUAUAACCCAUCCAUUGGCACCGUUGUCGUUACGGAGGUGCAUCCUACGUGGUGUCUUGUUCGUCGUAGAACCAACAGUGCUCAAAUUGGAACAGGGUGUUGGGCUCGCGUAAAUCAUCGCCGGACUCGCUCCAAUUCUUGGUUGUCGACUACUAGCUCGGUGCUCCUUCCUUGGACCCGUGGCAAAGAGGAGGAAGGACGAAGGCUUCCAACCCCUAAACCCUCUUAUUCUCUGGAUGAGAAGAGCAUGAUUUCAUCGUAUCAGGAGCAGGCACCUGAAGAGAUAACCAGUUGCCCGUCGCUGUUAUGCAGGUGUUUCAACGGUAUUUUUUAGCGCAAAGAGCAAGCUCUCCCUAUAUCCCCCGAGGUCGGAAUUCGAUGGCGUAGUAUACCUGAGGUAGUACUACGGUCAUACUAUAUUUUUUUUUCCCGAAGACAAAUCCAUGUAGUACCUUUUUUAUUUCUUCCAUUCACUCAAUCCGCAGGUGGGAUUACGGUGCUCGGUACCUUGAAAGUACCGGUAGCUAUUACUACCUUACCUAC